CGGUAACUGUCACUCUCCGUGGAGAGGUUAUCUCUUCACAGUGCUCACUGUUCAGUCAGCUGUGCACGACCAGUCACUAUGGCAGCGAGCAACUCCACCGGCUUUGACUCCAACUGCAUGACGCUGACGAGGUUUGUGCUGGCGGAACAGCAGAAGUACCCUGAAGCCUGUGGUGACUUGACUCAACUUCUGGUCAGCAUCCAAACAGCUGUUAAAGCCGUCAGUUCCGCUGUCAGGAGGGCUGGUAUCGCUAAGCUAUAUGGUAUCGCAGGUUCCACUAAUGUCCAGGGUGAGGAGGUUAAAAAGCUCGAUGUUUUGGCUAAUGAAUUGUUCAUCAACAUGUUGUCAGCUUCAUUCACCACCUGUCUGCUUGUCAGCGAGGAAAAUGAUACUGCAAUAAUUGUGGACUCAGAAAAACAAGGCAAGUACAUUGUCUGUUUUGACCCUCUAGAUGGCUCCUCAAACAUCGAAUGUUUGGUCUCAAUUGGAUCAAUCUUCAGCAUUUACAGGAGACCAGCUGGGUCCAGUCCAGUAUCGGAGAAGGAUGCUCUACAGCCGGGUAACCAGUUGGUGGCGGCCGGCUACGCUCUGUAUGGCAGUGCCACCAUGAUGGUGUUGUCUAUCGGGAAAGGAGUUAAUGGCUUCAUUCUAGACCCGGCGAUUGGAGAGUUUGUCUUGACAGACCCCAACAUCAGAGUACCAGCUCGGGGUAAGAUCUACAGCAUCAAUGAGGGAUACACGAACCUGUGGGGGCAGCCUGCCCUGAAGGAGUAUGUAGACAGGAAGAAGGACCCCAAGGUUGGAAAACCGUACGCGUGCCGUUUUGUAGGAUCCAUGGUUGCUGAUAUCCACAGAACACUCAAGUACGGAGGAAUCUUCAUGUACCCUUCCUACUCAGACUAUCCUACAGGACGGUUGCGGUUGAUGUACGAAGUGAUACCGAUGUCGUACCUGAUGGAGCAGGCAGGGGGGCUGGCGUCCAACGGGACCAAGAGGAUCCUGGACGUCGUUCCUUCGAGUAUCCAUCAACGCUGUCCCAUCUUCAUCGGCUCCAGGGAGGAUGUCAGUGAAGUCUUGGAACUGAUCGAGAAACACUCCAAGUGAUCGUGUCUUUCCAUCAUUCCUCCUCUACAAGACUGAGAUACUGCAUCUUGAGUUGUGAUUCAAACAAGUGUUUUGUUGUGUAAAAUAGUAUGUUUGUACUGUUAAAUAUAAAAGUUAAAGACUC